AUGGCUCAAGUUUCAAAAAGACAAUUCAAGGUGCCUUAUGUCCGCUUGGGCAAUUCUGGCUUGAAGGUUUCAAAGAUAAUCCUGGGGACCAUGCAAUACGGUACAUCAAAAUGGGCUGAUUGGGUCCUGGAUGAAGACGCUGCAUUGGAACACAUCAAAGCAGCUUACGAGGCUGGGAUACAAACCUUUGAUACUGCCAAUGUAUAUUCUUACGGGGAAUCUGAAAGAAUUUUAGGCAAGGUUAUUAAGAAAUUGAACCUACCUCGCGAUGAGAUUGUUAUCUUGACGAAGCUUCACGGGGUUGUGGCCAGAGAGUUUGGCGUCAGCUACUGGGGAGAAGGAAAUAAAGCCGAUUCGGAUGGAUACGUUAACCAACACGGUCUCAGUCGAAAGCAUAUUUUUGAAUCCGUGAAACACAGUUUGGAACGGCUUCAACUUGAUUAUGUUGAUGUCCUACAAUGCCAUCGGUUUGACCCUGAAACACCCAUUGCGGAAACCAUGCAAGCUCUUCACGACGUAGUGCAAGCAGGCUAUGUGCGAUAUAUCGGAAUGAGCUCGUGUCAUGCAUGGCAAUAUGCUGCCAUUCUAGAUUAUGCUAUCAACAACAAGCUUACACCCUUCAUUUCAAUGCAAAACCAUUACAGCCUUCUCUAUCGCGAAGAGGAAAGGGAAAUGUUCCCAACUCUCAAAUUAUUCGGGGUCGGGUCCAUUCCCUGGUCACCAAUUGCCAGAGGUGUUUUAACUCGACCAUUUGGCGAAACAACGAAGCGUAUGAACUCGGAUUUAGCGACUGGACGCUAUCUGAAAAUGCAAUCCACCCCAGAGAUUUUGAAAAGAGUUGAGGAAGUCUCCAAGAAGCUGGGAAUCAGCAUGGCUCAGGUUUCUGUAGCUUGGAUAUUGUCGAAAGAAGGUGUGAGCGCUCCAAUCGUGGGUACCACCAGCUUGAAAAACCUUGAGGAAAUCAUUGCCGCAGUCGACGUCAAAUUGACCGAAGAAGACAUCAAGUAUUUAGAAGAGCCAUACGUACCGCAAGAAAUUUUUGGUCAUUUCUAA